ACGGAGACUGUUGUCAUCCCGGUUGUCAUGGAGAAGCCAUGGAGGUUAUGGGGGGCACUGGAGGCGUGUUUGCUGACAGUGUGCGCCUGGUCCUGGGCAGUCUGCCGUGUCUCCCUGCUGGCCCUCAUUCUGACCUUCCACCUGUACGGAGGCUUCACACUGCUGGGACUCAUUCUGGCCUCUGUGGCUGGCCUCCUGUACAAGUUCCAGGAUGUGCUGCUCUACUUUCCCGACCAGCCCUCAUCAUCGCGCCUUUACAUCCCCAUGCCGGCGGGAAUCCCCCACGAGAACGUGUACAUCCGCACCAAAGACGGUGUGCGGCUCAACCUCAUCUUGCUCCGUUACACUGGCGAAAACUCCGCCUCUGCUCCCACCAUUUUAUAUUUCCACGGCAAUGCGGGGAACAUCGGCCACCGCGUCCCAAACGCACUGCUCAUGCUGGUCAACCUGAAGGUCAACGUGGUUCUGGUGGACUACAGAGGCUACGGCAAAAGCGAAGGAGAACCUAGCGAAGAGGGACUGUACCAAGACGCAGAGGCCACCUUGGAUUACGUCAUGACCCGAUCGGACAUCGACAAGACCAAGGUGGUGCUUUUCGGCCGCUCAUUGGGUGGCGCGGUGGCCAUCCGUCUGGCAUCAUGCAACCCGCAUCGAGUGGCCGCCAUCAUGGUGGAGAACACUUUCCUGAGCAUCCCACACAUGGCGGCCACGCUGUUCUCUUUCUUCCCCAUGCGUUACCUACCGCUCUGGUGCUACAAGAACAAGUUUCUGUCCUAUAGACAUGUGGCACUCUGCCGUAUGCCAUCUCUCUUCAUCUCGGGCUUAUCAGAUCAACUCAUCCCUCCGGUGAUGAUGAAACAGCUGUACGAGCUGUCGCCGUCUCGGACUAAACACCUUGCCAUCUUUCCUGAGGGUACGCACAAUGACACCUGGCAGUGCCAGGGUUAUUUUGCCGCCCUAGAGCAGUUCAUGAAGGAGCUUCUAAAAAGCCAUGCCCGAGAAGAGACGGCCCAGGGGACGACCAACGUCACCAUAAUCUAGAAGAGUUAUUACUAUUGACUGCUCUAAAUCUGGACCCUCUCAGAUAGAAUGUACAAUUUAUUCUCUCUUUGUUAUUAUUAUUUCUCUUCUCCCCAACUUCUACGCUCUUUCUUUCCAUUGAUCACACACCAAGAAUUCAUUAUUUACAAUUUCCUUUAUUUAAUAGAGAAGGAUGAAUUUAAGCCUUCAGAACUUUUUUUUUUGGUCGUUUUUUAUAUAUCAAGUAUGAAUGCACCUGCCUCAAGAAUUUAAUGCCCUUUGAGUCCUUUUUUAUUUACCCACAAUUUCUGCCCUCAUAAGUAUUCUAAUAGCCCUACCACCUGCAAACGCAAUUGGAAAUAGUUGUUUGCCUAAUCACAAUGGUCAGAACUUCUUUCUUAGUUUGAACUCUUCAGUCUAGAUGUCAGUUAUUUAGAAUAGUGGUUUAAAAUACGUGACUAAAAUAAUGUCUGCGGUUACCAUUAUAUGAGGAGACUGUCACGUUUGUCCUACCUCUUAUAUCUCAUACAUACAAAUUGUAGAAGUUGGUAACGGUAAGGUUAAAUUUGCUAAAAAGAUUACUUGAAUUUGAGAUUUACACUUUUAGAAAACAAAACAGCUUUAAAAAUCACAUUUGAAGUAUGGCUGUAUGUAAUUUAUGUUAACCACUGACUACUAUUCCAAAAACUCCUAGGUUUUAGGACUGCUAAACUAAACAACUCUAACAAACUGAGAAGCUCUAUUUUUAUUUAUUUUGUUUAUAUGUAAUGUAUAAAUUUUUUUUUUAAACAGAGGGCUCAUUAAAAUUGUUUGCCUUUUAAAUUCCAGUGAAUACAGUUAAAUGGACCAGGGGCAACUGAUCCUAGUUCACUCAUUUUGUCUAUGGCAUUUCAUGCAUUCAAUCUUCUGAACCCGGCUGUAAUGUGUUGGAGCUUUAUUUUAUCACACUGCCUUCUUUUUUUUUUACGGAAGGUUUAAAAUCCACUCAGGAAAUCGGCUCAUUGUGGUUUGAUCCCAUGUCUUGGCUUUGCAUAUGGAGCUGUGUGUGAGAAGUAUAGAUUUCUAUACUGAUUUUCAUGUGGGCUGCAGUUCACUGUGAGCACUGAAUGAAAAUACCAACCCAAGAAGCCUAAAGUAUGUUUACUCUUUCUCAGGCUUAGUGAUCUUCUGAAAGUAAGAGUGAAAUCGCACAUAGCAGCUGCUUGACAGUGUUCCAAGCACAGUCCAUUUGCACAACUUGUAAAUAAGAUGUUUUCCUUCUUUUAAUAAGGUAAUUUGCUUAACAUCAGAUCUCUGCCAAUGCCCUGUUUUGUUUGGAUCAUGUUGGAAAAACCUGCCCAAUGGUGACUGUUGCACUGUGUCGCACAUCCAUUUUCUUGCACUUACCUUAAAAAGCAGAAACAUUCACAAUAAUGCAAGGUUUAAUUAACACACACAUUUAAAUUGCCAUCAUUUAUGCUUUUCCAUACCUGUAUGACUUUUUCUUCAGUGGAACACAUUAGGAGAAAUGUUCUAAUUCACUAAAAAUCUUCUCCAGGGAGUUGAACUUUGAGUUGAAUCUGUUAGAAUUGUGAAGUCUUUGCAACACAGAUCAACAGAUUCAUUCACAAGAUUCUCUCGUGAUGAUUCAUUGAAGAACAAAUACAAUUUCAGUCUGUUCCUCAUUGAAAGAUUCUUUCCUCUUUCAUUGUAGUUGAAGAGCAACCAGCACAUUCUUUGAAAUGUCUCCUUUUGUGUUCCACAGAAGAAUUUCCAUUCUUUUAACUAUUUAAUGUAUUGAAUCGGGGGUAAAGACAUGAGGUUUGUGUUUCUGUAGUCUCACAUUGGUGGUUGACUGUCAAGCGCCCAUUAAAAGGUGAACGGUGGACUUUGCAAACCUGGCCCAUUAUGAUGUAGUGUUGGAUCAGUGCACAUCCAAGUCUGUAAUUAUUGCAUGCUUUAGAUGCUCAGCACAUUUCGUUUAGCUCUGACGCACUUUUACGCUCACGUCUGUUGUAAUGCGUGAAAACUGCCUGUGAAUUUUAAGAUGACAGAUUUCAAGGCAGAUUGAUCCUAUGUCAGUUUGCAUGCAAAUUUUGCUAUCUUCAAACCAGAGGUUAUGCCAGGCUUCCAAAGUCCACCUUUCGGGACUUGACGGGCUCUUUUGCACCUGUCGUUCUCAAGGGUGCUUAAGAGAUUGUAUAGUAGCACAGCUGAGCUCUAGAUGUCUUCAGUUAUGUCUAGUAUUAUUUAUGUUUAUUAGUUAUGUGGUAACAGGACAGUUGUAAUUGAGUAAGAAGUGGAACCAACCAAUGCAAGAGAAAAAGUUCCCAUGACGUCGGCUUUUGGGUGGUUUCAGGACAUAAGAUACUUUUGUAUAUCAAUUUAUUGACAUUUUGAUUUU